AUGCCUACUGAGGAUAGCCAGGGGACUCAGCACCAUACCCCCCAUGGGGGUACCUCCCAGAGAAGACCUUCAGCAGAUGCCAAUCUCCAGGCAGAACUGGAGAGCCUCCGCGCCAGUGUCACCAAGAUGUCUGAGAAAUAUGACAAUCUUCAUGCUAAGAACGUCGAGCUCGAGCAUGACUACCGCACACUGAAGCGUAACUGGGAGAUGAAUCAGACCCAAGGCUCCCAACACAGCCCUACCCAGGUACCUGAGCGUACACAGCCAAACCAGCCGGAGCACUCCCACCACAAUGUCCCAACCCAGCCUAGGCCCAGCAAGGGUAAAGGCCCCCUCUAUCCGGACACGACCAAGUCGCGGCUUCUCCGCAUCUCCCCACCAAGGAACCGGCCUCAUGAACCAACAAAGGUCUACCGGGAUUGCAGGGACCGUAUCCUGGACCGUCAAACGGAACCUCAUCUUAUCUCUGUUAAUCUCCAAGACCCAAAGAUGAAACACCUGGGCCCCCCGCCAAAGCCUACCCAACUACCCCUUGGAGAAGGUAUAGGGGACUCAGAGAACUGGGGCCAGGGUUACUCAGAAGACUACGAGUCUUAUCACACCGAGGCGUUCGAAGAAUUCUACCCAGCCCAUGGCCACCCACACACCAGACCCCCAGCACCCGAGACUCUCCCUCAUACCGACCCGGCAAUGAGGCUUCUCUUCGAGAAAGUCCGGCGCCUGGAGAGCGAACAUCAGCGCAACCACCAACCUCUCUGGGCAAAGCCACGGCCUGGGCCCUUUACCGAACGCAUCCUUAAUUACCACCAGGAGAAGGACAUCCAGCCACUCCGCAUUGCCUUCUACACUGGUACAGAGGAUCCUCUCACCCACAUACAUUCUUUCCAGUCUGCCUUGGGGUGCAAGGGCCUCACUGACGAAGGCAUGUGUCUCCUCUUCCCUUCCACUCUCAGUGGCGCGGCCCUGAACUGGUUUUACAGGCUGAACCCCCGCACUAUCAAUACAUUUGACAGUCUGAAACAGGCUUUCCUGGACCAUUUCAUGAUCCAGACCGAUCGCCUCUACUCCGCGGACGACCUAUACAUGCUUAGACAGGGUGAGGAUGAGCCCCUUCGGGAGUAUGCAGCCAGGUUCAGCCACGAAUACUCCCGCUGCCCAGAUACUGAUGAUCGUGCCGCCUUCGGUGCUUUCAAGAGUGGCCUCCGAGAGUCUAACUUCCGGUACCUGGUCCACAGCAACCCUUGGAACACAUAUGCCGAGCUGAUGAAGCAAGCAGCAGUUCAUGCCAAGGCUGAGUACUUCAACUCCAAGCGCAGCCCAGCCAUCCCGGCGCAUAAUCCUUUUGCUGAUCCUCCACCUGCUUCGGUACCCAUCCCAGCUCCACCCCAACAUUCUGCCCCUGCACCAAGCACCCAGGGUGCCCAACACCCCAAGAGGAAGGAUAGCUACCAGCAUACCUUCAACAAUAACAAGCGGGCAGACAUGGGAACCACCACCAGUCUAGUGGAAGCAACCCCCCCAGGACAAAUGACCGGGCCCCACUCCCAUUCUCACCCAAACCCAGGUUCGAGGUCUUCACCACCCUCAACACUACCUAUGAGAAUGUCCCAGUGCACGAGGCACCUAUCAUACCUCAGCCUCCACCCCGGAAACCAGGCAGCAAGCCUAUGCCUAACACAGGAGUUUUCUGUCGCUUUCAUCAGUUCGGUGGCCAUGAUACCGAAUCUUGUGUUGCCUUGCGCAACAUCAUUGAGGGACUUAUUCGCGAGGGGAAGCUGGAUAAAUACGUGCACAACCUCCCACCUAACCCUCACCAACGGCAGAUCAACAUGA